AGUACAGUAUAUGCAUAUGAGAUGAGUAAUGUAGGGUAUGUAAACAUUAUAUUAAGUGGCAUUGUUUAAAGUGGCUAGUGAUCCAUUUUUUUUUACAUCUUUAAGGUUAUGCAACUAAAGAUGCUAAAAUUAGUGCUGUGAUUAAAUUAGCCUAUAAGACAUGUGACCAACAUAGCGAACCAGAGAGGCCAACAUUUCAUUUGCAAUGAAUAAAACAAUUUAGCAUCAUUUUACGUGUUUUUGGGAGGGACAAUCCGUUCAGAGGGUUUUAUACGCAUGCGCUUUCUGUCCAUCGAAUUCAUAUUCAACACAAUCGUCUCUUCAUUAUCACACACAGUGAGUAGGCCUAGAUUUGAAUGCUUCUGUAACCGAUGUGAAAUGGCUAGCUAUUUAGCGGGGUGCGCGCUAAUAGCGUUUCAAUCGGUGACGUCACUCUCUCUGAGCCCUUGAGGUAGUUGUUCCCUUUGCUCUGCAAAGCCGCGGCUUUUGUGAAGCUAUGGGUGACGAUGCUUCGUGGGAGGCAGUUGUUGAUGUGUGCAGAGGGUCCCUGGUUCGAUAUAUAAACAUAUAUAUAUAAAUGUGUGUAUGUAGGCCUAUAUAAUGGUGUGAAAUAAACAGUAUAUGUUAUAUAGGAUGAAAUAGACAAUAUGUACAGUAAGUUAUAUAGGAUGAGUCUUGAAUAAAAUUAAGUAUGUAUAUGCAUAUGAAGUGGGUAAAACAGUAGGCCUAUGUAAACAUGUAUUUUUUUAUUUAUAAAUUGAACUUUUAUUUAACUAGGCAAGUCAGUUAAGAACAAAUUAUUAUUAACAAUGACAGUCUACACCGGCCAAACCCGGACGACGUUUGGCCAAUUGUGCGCCGCCCUAUGGGACUCCCAAUCACCGCCGGUUGUGAUACAGCCUGGAUUCAAACCAGGGUGUUUGUCGUGAUGCCCAUAGUACUGAGAUGCGGUGCCUUAGACCGCUGCGCCACUUGGGACCCCUAGUGAGUCUUUUGCUGAGCAAACAUAGCCUACAGUCGUUUUCAUCUAGCCUACCAAUUUCGUAAUAUGAUAGCUGCCUAUCCUAAAGUUUCAAAGGCUGAAAUUCGCUCUCUCCGUUUGCCAGGUCUUCCUCUGGACAUGAUGCACCGCAGUAUGGCAUCGAGCGGCUAUUUGAAAGCGGUGAUGCUGCUCUUAGCCGUGCAGCUGCUGUCUUUUAGGCCAGGUUUUGGCGAGCAGGAGACGGGGAAGGCAAUACCCGCAGAAAGACGUCCCUGUGUGGACUGCCAUGCAUUUGAAUUCAUGCAGAGGGCACUGCAAGACCUCAAGAAGACUGCUUUCAAGCUCGAUGCCCAGACUGAGACCCUGGCGUUGAGGGCAGUGAGGCGAGCCUUGUGUGGAUGCACGCCCACUAAUACCCUGCACUGAGUUAAGUAGUGAUGUGCCCUCACCAUGGCAACCGACUCCACACCCACUAUUACUGGACACCUUCUUUAAACUGCCUGGACUAGACAGAUGUCUCUGAGCCUUCUUCUAUGGAAUAUUGUAAAAAAAAAAAAUUAAAUAAUUUGUACAACA